CUAACUUUGCUGAGACGAAGUUGCUCUCUUAAUUAAGUUUGCGCCUUCUUCUGCCUCCUCCUUGGUUUGGGACUUUGGCUGACCACCGAGCAGUAGUAAUUUGCUAGCUACUCCACGGCCCAGAGACAUGACGAAGCUGUUCGAGGAUCCCCCGCCGGAGAUUGCCCACACCGCUCACCCGGCGCACAAGCUCAAGCUGGUCACAAGCGACGACGCGCACGCGGCGCCCUUCAAGUGCGACGGCUGCAACGAGCCCGGCAACGGGCCAAGGUACACCUGCGACGACUGCGGCAGCAGCCACAGCCGAAGAUUCGACCUCCACACACGCUGCGCCCUUGCGGAGUCGCGGAAGGACACCAUCGAGCACCCACUGUUCCGCAACCGCGUCUUCAAGUUCCGGCAGCAGCCUCCGCCGCCCGUCAAUGGAACGAUCUGCGACGCCUGCGGCGAGCCCGCGCACGGGUUCGUCUACCAUUGCUCCGAGAAGAACAAGGGCGGCGGAGGCCUAGACCUCCACCCGUGCUGCGCGACCCUGCCGGAGCGCAUCUGCAAGGACGGCCACGCCUUGGUGCUCCGCCCGAGCACGUCACGGCGGUGCUGCAUCUGCGGCCACCGCGACGACGGCCGGUACUGGGCGUACCGCUUCGAAGGCGAGGAUGGCGUAGAUGACAUGCACGUGGCGUGCUUGAAGAAGACGGCUUACCAGAUCUGGGAAACGGCUUACGAGAACCAGUACCAUAGCGGCGGCGCCCAGAACCUUCACGUCGGUCUCACCGACAUCGACGGCCUGCUGCAGAUCUGCAAGAACAGCCAGACCAGCGGCGGGUUGGACCAAUUCAUCAGGAUCGCUGGCAGUGUUGCCAGCAUCAUCAUCGCGAUCAUCUUUGCAAAUCCAGCCGCCUUGAUAUCUGCAAUUCCUAAAAAGUACUAAUUAGUAGGAUUUCUUUUACUAUUUUUGUGAGUUGUUUGAUUUACAGGGCUUUUAUGUAUUUCACUGAUUUGAAGAUUGAAUUAUUGUGUACUUGUUGUAGCCUUUGUUUAUUGUUUAGCAACCAUUGAACUGUAUUCCCUUC